ACAGCCGAUUCGUCCACAGUGAAUUAAUGAAUUAGGCCGCAGGAGGGUGGCGGAGGAAGCGCUCUUUCUAUUCAGUUUCACUUUCAUGUCAUUAGGGCUGCGGUUACAAGUCGCCGCAGCGGUGUUGCGCUAAUAACGCGCUGGCUGUGCACGCCUUGUGUUCACCGAUGGUUAAAAUAAGCGAAAAAUCAAAACGAGCUCCCUGUGAGCCUCGGCUGCGGCAUUGCUCUGACGAAGCCUUUAUGCUGUAGAGUGGAAGCUGAAAAAUCCAUCUGAAGUCCGUGGCUUUAUUCCUUCCAUUACCUUUGGGAGGAACAUCCAGUGCUGUUCUCACAACUGAAUAGGGCUCUUCCUUCCAUCCGUCUUUCAGUUCGUCGGGGUUUGUGGCUCUGGCUUCUUCCCCCCCAGGGCAUGAGCAGAGAGCUUCUGUUGGACGCGUCCUGCCUGCUCCCUGCAGGGCUGUGCCUGGAGUGCACGACGGCAGCCAGUGCCUUUUGUAUUGUGGCUGAGGGUCCGCUGCUCGAUCCUCCUGCGCGUUGGAGCACAACGUGUUAGAAGUCAUAAUAUAUAAAGCAUCUUUUUGUCAGAAUGUAACGAACCAUACGUUAACGUUUUUAAUGUGUUAUUCUGAAGCUAGUGAACUUUUGUCUUGGAAUUGUAUUUGGAAAUGCAGAAAAUGAUUCAUGAGUGAGUUACAUGGAAUAAUGAAAUGUGAGUGGGGAUGCUGGCAGCUGAGCCCUGCACAAUAUGUGUGCUCAAUAUCCCUGCCCUUUGUCUUGUGCUAGGCAAGGAGAUGAAAUUAGAGUAAGAAUACAUUUUCUUCUUUUUCAGAAGAAGGAUCUUUUGCUUAUGAGACUGAUGUUGCUUGCAGUGCCGUGGGCUGUUUAUGUGCCUGUUUUAGAGAAGCUCUCUGAAGUUACUGUGUUCUGAGAACUUCAGUCUCUGGUGUUUGUGUGUGCCCAGAUGUUCGUAAAAAUGCUCAUGAAUUCAGUGAGAAAUAACUAAAUAUUGCAUGCUUCCCAUCUCUGACAUGCACACGUACUGAGCUGAACGCUGAGGCAGCUCUAAGAUAGCUGUUGUAAGCAAAGCUGCAGAAAAACGAUUUUCGUUCAGCUUGUUAAUUUAUGAAUGUAUUUGUGUAGCCUCUUUGCUGCUUGCUUUUUUUCUCAGCGCUCCAAGUCAGCAGGUCUUAAUACCAAAUACCGCACCGUGUUUCUGAGCUGACGCAGUGUGCGGGGCUCUCCGUCCUGUGUUGUGCAGCCACAACUGGAACAGGAGGGAUUUUCCUUUGGGCACGCGUGCAGCCUGCAGCUGGAGUGUAUCUCUGGCAUCAGGAGCAAGGUUCUGCUCGGGAAAGAAUGCAGUUUUAUCCCAGGUCUUGAAAUGCCUGCAGGCAGACUUGUGCUUGCUGAUUAGUCGGAAGGCUUUUAAAUGGUGUAACAGAACACAAUGCAGAAGUUGUAAAUUAAAAAAAAAAAAAAAAAGACAGUUCUGUGUUAGAAUGCUGCAUGUCUUCUCUGGUUUGGUCUGUCUUUAGAUCAUUUUGUGUGAUCUGUUUACUUUGGAAAAGUAACAAUGGUACGUGCCUUGCCUGUGGGAGUAUUUAUCUCCAAAACUGACAUGAAUGAAAAGAAACGGUCUCCUUUGGCAAAUGCAUGAGCCUGUGUUCAUUAUGACUGGAGUUUCCAGCCCGGGAUCCUGGGUGGUUCUGCAGAACCCCACUGCUGUGGAGCAGUCCUUGCAGCUUCACAGGGCUUCUCCCAGUGCUGGCACCUGGAUGCGUGUGUCCUGUCGUGCUGUGCAGCCGGCGCCCUGCUGUUAGUCACAGUGGGCCUGCAGGGGAUGGGAAGGAGCGCGUGGAAGCUGUAGAGGUAACGGUGUGUCUGUGGAGCAGUUGGUGCACGUGAUAGCAUUUAUUCUGUGUUUUCUUGGCCACUUGUGUUUCUGUUCCAUAAAAUACACCUUUUUUCCCUCCUUUACUCUCCCUGUGCUGUUCCAGGGCUCUUUGUUUGCUUCUGUCCUUUCUGUAAAGGAGUUAGUGCACUCUACAGAUGUGUUCAGAUGCUUGAACUGAUGAAGUUAUGUAAUGAGCAGAAAUAGGAACUCAGCAUCUUAUUUUUACAGCGCUCUGUUGUGCGCUCAAGUGUUAGAGACUGUCAGUUCUAUAGGAUGCCUUAACUGCAAAAGUAGUUAAUUUCCCAUUUACAAGCAAGUCUUUUCAUGUGUAAUUCUUCUCUGUUCCAAAGCAGUCUUCUGUUACGGUAACUUCAGAUCUCAGAUUAGCAAGUGCUGCUCUGAUCUAGCAACUGACUGAGAUGAAGCUGAAUGUAAUCCUAAACAGCAGGACUGUUUCAGUUGUUCCACAGGGCUGUGAGGGGCUGUCUGACCUGUGCAGCCAAGCCAGGGCCACCAUGGGCCAGGUGCUGCUGAAGUUUUUUUGAGGUCAUAACCGUUGAAGAUCACUUCAGCAUAAAGUGUUUUCUUACUUACAGUACUCUGUAUACUGGUAUCUGAAAUGGGUGAUAAUCUGUAUGUUCUGCAUAUGAAGCUGCUGGAUGAUGUGAUCUUGCUCCUUUACCUUCGGAAAAAUGGUGGCCUCUUACUAUCCAAGUUGAAAGGAUCCUGUCUGCUUUAAAUCCAGUGCUUUGGCCGUUCAGCAGCCGGAGGACAUCUGCUUCCAGUUUCCUUGCAGGUUCUUGUUUUUACUACCGUUACUUCAUGCAGCAACGGGAGGAGCUGUCAGUCUGAAUCUGUGCCUUGAACUUGUGCAUCUCUCCUGUAGAUCGCCUUUCAUGCCAUGAUGUGUCGGAAGCGGUUUUGCUGAGAAACAUACAAAUGAUUCCACAGCAGAGUAGGGUGUUGCAAAACAAACUGCUGCACUGCAGGUAACGUCGAAGGGAGAGGAAAAAUCUCUGCAUCUUGGUGUGAGAAGCAAGGGUUUGGGGGAGGGGACUUCUCUGAGACUUGGGCUUCAAAGCUGCGCAGGCUUCAAACGUGUUUUAUUGCUGCAAACUGAGGGUGCAUUUUUCAGCUUGUAAAUUACUUCAUGUCUUUAUUAUAGAUGGGUUUGCUCAAAACACAUAGAAUUUAAUCAAACUUUGUGUUUAAGUGAAAGUGAAACUGAAUAGAAAGUGAACAUCUUUUUUCAUUUUUUGAGGCUUCUAUAAAGAGUGGAAGAAAAAUGGGUAAAAGACGAGUUGUUCUAAGAGGUUAAAGAACUCAGGAUAAAAUGUGUAUGCACAUAGUAAAGAAACCGAGUGAUAGAGGGAGUAGGGAGCGAAAAUACUUCAGCCUACGGGGCUGCUGCAGGAGGUGGGAAUUUAAGCUGGCCGGUGCGAUCAGUGUGUCCUGAGAACACGGGGAUCAAACGGUCAGAAACAAAACGCAUUUGUGUGGAACGAGAACUCAAUCGGUUUUAUUGAGAGCAAUCACUUUUCCUUAAAAAAGCAAGUCCUUCCAUAGUGUUUGAGAGAUCAGCCUUACGGCCUUGUUUUGGCCUUUAUUUGGCAGCUGUGCAUUCGUAGGAUUCAAAUUCCUUGCUUUUGUUGUCCGCCUUCACAGAAAACUCUUGUGCAACUCUCAGAUACAGUGUUUUAUCAUUGUCCACCUUUGUCUGGAAAUCUAUUAACAUUUUGGCUUUAAACUUAUUUCAAGAUAGCUUCAUAUGAUGUAUUUUCAAAUCUCGCUGUGUCCAAAUUUCUGACCACAGAUCUUAAAAACGUAUAUCUGAAAGCCUGUCUGUUCCCGGUGUAGCCGAAAUUACACGAAGAACAAUUAGCAUGAUACUUCCAACUGCGCUAAAUCCUGUCAGGAUCGUUAGAUGGCUUUGUUCAGUCGCACUCGUCUUGUUGCUGUGACUCAGUGGAUGGCACACUUGCUUACAAGCCGGCAGCCCUCGGCCGCCCGGAGCUCGUCUCUGCCGGAUGCUGGCGGGAGAUCUUUCCUAAGCAGUCAGCGCACAAACCUGACCACGUGGGAGUUAAAGUCCUUCAGGCUCAUUUCCAGAGUGCUCCCCCCUCCUUAAUUGGUUGUCCACUUCAGAUGUGGGAGGGUGGGGAUAUCUGUGAGCAGAGCGCAGCAGCAGCGGUGAGAGAAGUGAUGUGCUGGAAUAGUGAUUGAUCUCCGAAAUGUGUAGCUCUGGAUAAGUGACUCGAAUGAAGUUUCUCUGGGCGCAGCGCUCAGGCUCCUGGCGAGGUGCGGGCGGCUCGCUGGUCAGCACGCCAGCUGCUAGGGGCAGAAUCUGUCAUCAGCACACAAGUGCCUGAGUGUUCUCCUUUGUGCUUUUUCAUAAGAUUGUCUCUGUUUCUGUGUCUCAUUGUCUCUCCCCGUCUUCCUGUUUUUAUUUUUCUCCUGCUUGCUUCUUUCUUCUGCAGGGGAUUGCAGCAGCGUGGUGUCGUUGUGCUGGUCUGUGUGUUCGAAGCGCAGCGUGUAAUCAGGCUCUGCAGCCCAGUUCCAUGCUAGGCUGGCCUGUUGGGUUUUGUUCUCUGAUAAUCUCUGCAAAGCAGCGGACAAUGAGCUGCCAAUUGAAAAUUGUGACAAGAGGAUUAGCGAGCAUCUGUUCAAAGAGAAGGGGUUAUUUUGGAAAGUGGAGAACUUUCCUGAUGUAGCGAAAUCCUGACUUGUGCCAGUCCUUUCACAGCAGGACGCACCGCGCCUUCCCUGGCCACAGGACUGCCUGCUGCAUCGCUGCGAGGGUCUGCUUUGUAACGCUCUGUGCAACACCUGACUUGAUGAAGAAACUAUUAAGUUCGGUUUCAAGCCAUUCUGAGUGGAAUCACCAUAUCAAUGGAGCGACUCACGGCCGACGUUGUCAGCUGCUGCUUGAAAUAUAUCCGGAAUGGAACCCUGACAGUGAUUCAGGACAUGGAAUGGGUGAUCCCUUUAUGUUGCAGCAGUCCACAAACCCUGCACCGGGAAUUCUGGGACCCCCACCACCUCCAUUCCACCUAGGAGGGCCUCCUGUUGGGCCAAGAGGAGCCGGAAAUGGAAAUAUGCAAGGACCAAGACACAUGCAGAAGGGCAGAGUGGAAACGAGCAGAGUUGUGCACAUCAUGGAUUUCCAGAGAGGGAAGAACUUGAGAUAUCAGUUGCUUCAGCUUGUUGAACCAUUUGGAAUAAUUACAAAUCACCUGAUUCUAAACAAAAUCAAUGAGGCAUUUAUUGAAAUGUCGACCACUGAAGAUGCUCAGGCUGCAGUAGAGUACUAUUCAACAACACCUGCACUGGUGUUUGGUAAACCAGUCAGAGUCCACUUGUCACAGAAAUACAAAAGAAUAAAGAAACCUGAAGGUAAACCUGACCAAAAAACUGAGCCACCGAAGCCAGAACUUGGUCGUGUGAUUCACCUCAGCAAUUUACCUCAUUCGGGGUACUCCGAUAACGCAGUACUCAAACUGGCGGAGCCAUACGGAAAAAUUAAGAACUACAUACUCAUGAGGAUGAAGAGCCAGGCUUUCAUUGAAAUGGAGACCAGAGAAGAUGCUUUAGCCAUGGUUGAACAUUGUGCCAACAAAGCUCUUUGGUUCCAAGGCAGAUGUGUAAAAGUGGAUCUAUCUGAAAAAUACAAGAAAUUGGUGUUAAGGAUUCCAAACAAAGGAGUUGAACUUCUGAAAAAGGAUAAAACUAGAAAGAGAACAUAUUCUCCAGACAGUAAAGACUCUCCAAGUGAUAAGAAGUCUAAGACUGAUGCUACUCAGAAACCUGAAAGUGGCAGUGUAGAAGAUAAAGUAAAAGAGGAGAAGCAAGAUGAUACUGCUGAGCCAUCGGGCACUAAAAGCAGUGAGCAGGCAGACCAAGAUGAGCCUAGUUUACUCCUUGAAUCUGAAGAUGAGCUGCUAGUGGAUGAGGAGGAAGCAGCAGCACUUCUGGAAAGUGGCAGCUCAGCAGGAGAAGAUGCGGAUGUUGCCAAUUUAACUGAUGUGACUACUGAAGAAAAAAAGGACCCAGCUGAUGAUGUGACCAUAAAAACCGAGGGAAAUGUUGUGGCCAAUCCAGCAACAAAGAAAAAACUUAAAAAGCGAUACGUGGGUGGCUUUCCGCGGAGCAUGGAAGGCUUUGUCACUCUAGAUGAGGUUGGUGAUGAAGAAGACUCAGAUCAUCAGAAGCUUCGGAAGUCGGGUUUGGCAGUAAAAUCUGCUGGCAAAAAUGAUGAUAGUUUGGCAGAAAUCAAAGUAGACAAGAUGGAGGAGCCAGAGCAGGAAAAUGAAACGUUAGAAAAUGGUACCAAGACUGAAGAUAAUCUGAAGACUGAACCUGUUGAAGCUUCUGAUACCACGACAGCACAAGAUCCUGAGAAAAAUGCUCAUGAAAGUACAGACACCCAGGAUGAACAGGAAGCAAAGAAUGUCCAAGAGAAAGCUCUUAUACCAGAUGAAUUUAGGAUUGGGCCAUACCAGCCAAACGUUCCUGUUGGUGUGAAUUAUGUGGUACCCAAAACAGGGUUUUAUUGCAAAUUGUGUUCCCUGUUCUACACAAAUGAAGAUGUUGCAAAAAAGACCCAUUGCAGCAGCCUUCCUCAUUAUCAAAAGUUGAAGAAAAUUCUGGAUAAAAUGGCAGAAGACUACAGGCAAAAGAAAGAAGCAUAGAAAGAAGGAUGGAUGUAAGGAAAACAGUGGCUUUGUUCUUAAUGUUAAUCUUUUUUUAAAAGCAGUCCAAGUAGUAGAUGGAAAUACUGUAUUUUUUUUUUUGUUUUAGUGAGAUACAGUAGACGUUAUAGGUCUGUUCAUGUGUUCAGUGUUGUAGCAAAAAGCUUAAGCAGUUAAGUUAAUGAAAAAAAUUUGUUCUUAAUGUGGGAGUGACAACAAGUUUUCGUUUUGACACUGAGCUGUUAAAGAAACUAUCUUGCAUCCUUGUGGAAAGCUCACCUAUGGCAAGAAAAUUUCCUUGGAGUGAAAUUUACUACUUUCAAGCUUCGAAAAUUCGUCCUUCCAUUCUCAAUAAAAAAUAAAAAGUAUCACUGUAUUUUUAUUUCAUCUAGAACAUUCCGUAUUUCAGUCUGAGCCUAGCAGAUACUUAAUUUGGAGAGUAAGGCUGUCGUUGCAUUUCACUUUUGAAAAGUCUUUAAAUGUAAGUUGCAUUUUUAAAUGUUGAAUUGCAGUUUCUUUUAAUGUCGUUGUUAUAUAGCAAAUAGGAAAAUUAGUGAUUAGUGAGCUUUACAACGUUGUGAUUUUUUUUCCUAAGCUCUUGGUAGACUUUCCUAUUCAGCUAUACCUUGUAUUUUUAGUGAAAAGUAAAUGCCCAUUCUUCUCUGACCAGUAUUAUUUCCUCGAGCUCUUCCUGCUUUUACUUGAAUCUUGCAGCUGUCGUACACCUCUGCUAUAUUCAGAAGCAGCAUUUGAGUCCUGAAAUGUUUAAAAAAAAAAAAAAAAAAGCAGUAUCUUUAUAUUCUUCACAUGUAAUUUUUCAUACCUGCAUUUUAAAACUGUUUUUGUUGAUCUGGUUUUGUCAAGAAUCUUUUAGAACUGUGCUCUUAAUGUACCUGCACAUGUGAUAUGUGAACAGGAAUUUGCAUGUGUAACCUGUGUUUAUCUGUAGUUUUUGUUAUUUACUGCUUAUUUGUGAAUUCAGGUUACUAAAGUGAUUUACCAAUAAACAAAGCUAGGCAAUGGUAGCUUGUACAGAUGUUUGGCAUGUUAACCAUUGUGUUUACUGAGCUCUUGAAUCCCUUGUUCAUGAUACCACACUGAAACUAGCUGUCCUCAGAUUGCAUGUUUUAACCCCUGUGGUUUAGAAGCUUACUAAAUAACUUCUUUCUCUUUUCUAAAACUUCUUCCGUUUCCAAACAAAUUAAAAUAUUACUUGUUAAAACA